GUACAAUUGGAGGAGUCGGGUACGAAACUGUCCUUUCGUCUCGCCUGUGAAGGGCAGUUAACAGCCUCGGCUUGAUUUAAAAUUACCCAUAAAAAAGAAAAAUUCCGGUCUAACCGUUAGAGGACGCGGGGGGGAAAGCAUUUUUCCGUGGAAGUGAUAUGUCUGGAAACAAAGAAAGUGACGGAGGAUGGAGGAAAUUUAUGUGGGAUUCAGAGAAGAGAGAGUUCCUGGGACGAACAGGGGGCAGUUGGUUUAAAAUCUUCCUGUUCUACGUGAUUUUCUAUGGAUGCUUGGCUGGGAUUUUCAUCGGGACCAUUCAGGCCAUGCUGCUGACUUUACAUGACUAUAAACCAACCUACCAGGACAGAGUUGCUCCACCAGGUCUGUCUCACACACCCCGCUCUGAAAAAUCAGAAAUCUCUUUCACAAUAAGCAAGGAGGAAACAUAUAAGAAGUAUGUGGAGAGCAUGGCGGCUUUUCUGACGCAAUAUGAUGAUGACAAGCAGGAGGAUGACAUGAAGUAUGAGGAUUGCGGAGGAACCCCCUUAUCCUACAUAGACCGUGGUAUGUUGGAUGAUAAGGAUUUGGGUACUAGGAAAAGCUGCCGUUUCAGUAGAAACUUGCUUGGAAGCUGUGACGGGAUAGCCGACCCCACUUUCGGUUUUAAGGAAGGGAAGCCGUGCCUUAUUGUGAAGCUCAACAGGAUUGUCAAUUACAGACCAAGGGCUCCCAAGAAUGAAUCACUUCCAGAGGAGCUGAAGGGCAGAUCCUUUGAUAACGUCAUCCCGAUUAGCUGCAAGAAUAAGAGGGAAGAAGACGAAGGCAAGAUCGCAGGGAUCAAGUACUAUGGCAUAGGGGGUGGUUUCCCUCUCCAGUACUACCCCUACUACGGCAAAAGGCUGCAUCCCCACUACCUGCAGCCUCUGGUGGCAAUCCAUUUCACCAACCUCACCAUGAACGAGGAGCUCCGCAUCGAGUGCAAAGUGUACGGCGAGAACAUCGACUACAACGAGAAGGACCGCUAUCAGGGACGCUUUGACGUUAAGUUCGUCAUUAACUCGUGACCCCAGACAGGAUGAGCGCACAAUAAACAUAGAGAGGUAUUCAAGAGUUCAGAUAAAACACCACUAGUCUUUGAACAUUCAUUAUUUACAGGACCUACACUUAAUCCGUGUGCUUUACACUAGCUUUUCCGUGUUUUCUGUCCAGAGUUAGAAUGUAAAAUACAAAAAAAAAGUAGCAAUAGCAAAUAUUUAUUCUACUGUAAAUGAAAAAAAAAAAUCCUCAAGCCAUGGGAUGUUCAUCAAUUACUGUAAAACUGCAGUUUCACUACUGAUGUGUAGCGACUUGUGUCUCUGUCCCCAUGGUGUUUGCUCCUCACGUGGUUUCUAUAUAUUUUUGAAGUGUCCAGAGUUUGUAGGCUAGUCCUGUCGUGAUCUCCUCCUGUCUUAUGUCUGCUUUAGUGGUCCAAGGUGUGUGUGUGUGUCGCUUGCUCGUGUCUGUGCAGGCGGUGUUAAUGUGAGUGCGCGGAGUGUUUGUCAAUGUGCUCAGACUAACCGAAAUACUAGCAUGGUACUCUGAACCUUUAAGGCCCCAGAUGUGAAUAGAUGACUGCGCUCCAUCAUUUUUUUUGUUGUCGUUUUGUUUUGAUGCCUUUCUUUAUUCAAGUUUGCUGUAGAAUAAUAUGUUUGUUUUUGUUCAGCUUCACAAUUAGAUAGAUUUAGAUGAGAUUUUCUCUUUGAUACUCUUAAAAUCCGCUCAUUCUUAAUUCAUUAGUGUAAAGCUUUGUGGGUCCAGCCUCAGAAGACUGUCACCUCCAUGGAAACCGUGGCAACUCAGUGCUUUGAAAUCUGUUUUGCUGGAGACGUCACGUUCCGUGAUGUAACUUACUAUUGAAUGUUUUAGCCAUUUUCGUAAUGGAAGAAUUUUAUAUUUAUGCAGUUGUACAUUUUUUUUUUCAACAUGUGAUGUUUAUGAAUC